GAAAAAACAUGCAGAAGAAGAAGAUAAGAGAAGGAAGAAACAAGGAAGUCAAGAAGCAACAAUUGUCCAAAAAUUUUUAAAUUUAAUUUAAAUGAGAAAAUAUGGUGAGAUUUAUAUAUUUGCUGGGUCAGGGAUCUUAUAUUUGCUGGUGACGUAACCAGGGGGAGAGAGAGAGAGAGAGAGAGAGAAUGUAUGUAGCCUGAGGAAGAUAUUGCCAUUUUUCGUUGAUUCAUAACAAUUCCUUUCAAUUUCAGCUUCUCCAUCAUUUCUUCCAUUUCAAUCUGAUUCUCUUUAUCUUUCCGAGAAAGGAAAGGAAAGGAAAGAAAAUGAGAACGUCUUUCAGGAAAUUGCGAGGAUUCGCACUUCGACAUGGUGACCACAAGGACCGAAGAGAAUAUCGCCCUUUGACUUUGUUCAACGAGCUUGAUAAGGCUUCUCAGGACAUGGAGGACAUGAGAGAUUGCUAUGAUAGCUUACUUUCUGCAGCUGCAGCAACUGCUAACAGUGCCUAUGAAUUCUCAGAAUCAUUGCGUGAAAUGGGUGCUUGUCUGCUUGAGAAAACUGCGUUGAAUGAUGAUGAAGAAAGUGGUAGGGUAUUAAUCAUGCUGGGAAAAGUGCAGUUUGAACUCCAGAAACUUGUCGAUAGCUAUCGUUCUCACAUAUUCCAGACGAUUACAAUUCCAUCAGAGUCUCUUCUCAAUGAACUUCGAAAUGUUGAGGAAAUGAAGCGACAAUGUGAUGAGAAAAGAAGUGUUUAUGAGUACAUGAUAAUGAGGCAAAGAGAAAAAGGAAGGGGAAGAAGCGGGAAAGCAGAUGGUUUAGCUAUGCAGCAGUUACAAACAGCUCAUGAUGAAUAUGAUGAAGAGGCAACCUUGUUUGUUUUUCGACUGAAAUCCCUAAAGCAAGGGCAAUCUCGAAGUCUUCUGACACAGGCAGCACGGCACCAUGCUGCUCAGUUGUGCUUCUUCAAGAAAGCUCUUAAAUCCCUUGAAUCACUUGAACCACAUGUAAAAUUAGUCGCUGAACAGCAACAUAUAGAUUACCUCUUUAGUGAACUUGAAGAUGAUGACGGGGAUGACGAUGAUGAUGAUGAUGAUGAAGAGGAUGAUGAUGACAAUGUUGACAACGACAAUGACACCCAUGAUGGAACUGAUGAUGGGGAGCUGAGUUUUGACUAUGGACAGAUUGAUCAGGAGCAAACUGUUUCUACAUCAAGAAACUCAAUGGAGUUGGAUAUGAUGGAUGUUACAUUUCCCCAAGUUGCAACAGUAGAAGCAGCAAAGGAAAAUCAAGAUAAAAAUGUCAGGAGAUCUUUUUCUUUUAGGGGAGAAACUAGAGUAGGCAGUCAAUCAGCUCCACUUUUUGCUGAAACUAAACCUGAUCCAGCUAAAAGGACAACAGAGAUGAGGCCAUCAUAUACAAGAAAGUUCAACACUUAUGUACUGCCUACCCCAGUUGAUACAAAGUUCUCAAAUUCUACUGUUUCGGGCAGUCUAGUUCCUCAAACAUUUAACACAAGUUUGAGUAGACGCAAUUUGUGGCAUUCAUCCCCUUUAGAACCACAGAAAUAUGAAAAACUAAUAGGGCAUGAGAAAUUUCCUUUAACCACUAUUAAGAAUGCGAAGUCAGUACUUAGGGAAAGCAACAAGACUACUCCUUCCAUUCGUCUACCUCCUCCUGUGGCUGAGGGACUCUCAAUUUCACGGUCAGAUUCCAAGAAAAUCAAAAGAUAUGCCUUUUCCGGUCCCAUCACAAGUAAGGCAUGGCCUUCCCAACCAUUUUCAGCGGAGCCUCCUGGAUUGUAUUCUGGACCUUUGCAGAAGCCAAGGGUGCAACUGGUAUCAUCAUCUCCUAGGGUGUCUCCAAAAUUAUCUCCUCCAGCUUCCCCUACUUUUUUGUCGUCGCCUAAAAUAAAUGAGCUUCAUGAGCUUCCUAGGCCCCCAUCCAAGUCAGUCUCCAAGUCUACGAGGCCUAUGAAUUUGGUUGGUCAUUCGGCUCCUUUGGUUCACAAAGGUCAAAUGCAUCAUACAGGUACAACAUUGGUGCCUAAGGUCGCAUCUCCAUUGCCUGUGCCUUCUCAGGCUAUUACACGCAGUUUCUCCAUACCAUCCCACAGUCCUCGAGCAAUGGAAUUGAAUAGGCCAGAGGAAACUGCUCAGAAUUUGGAGAUGGCUGAAGAAAUGUCCUCACCUCCUUUGACACCAAUAUCUUUAUCUAACAUCCGGCCUUCCUUAACUGUUUCUGAGAAUGUCAAUCAGACUAUUCAAAUUAGAGGUGCAGAUUGAUUUCAUUUCUUGUGGCAAUAAUUUUGUUCCUAAUUCAGCAUCAAAUUCUAAGAUUCUCUCAUCAUCUGGUACAGUUGCAGAUCUGUAAAUAUACUGCCUAUCAUUUUGUUUAUCAUUUUAUCUCUCUUAAUCCAUUUCUUAAUUUUUAUGAUGAGCACCUGGCAUCAUUUAAAUAACUGAUUGCCUUGAUGUUUCAUUAGUGAAGAAAUUUUGUACUUUCCCAUAAUAGCCAAAUUCCUUCCCUUUUAUUUGAGACCAGUGUUGCGUUGCCUUCUAAUUGAUCGUUGCCUUCUAAUUGAUCUUUGAUGGUGACAAGUAUCAUUCUUUGAUUCUUAUGAAAUAAAAAAAAAAAAAAAUUAAACUGUCUCCCCCUCUCUUUCCGGUGGGAUCCAUCCUCAUGGCCUAUUCCCCUGUAACAUAAACGCAGAUUCUUAUGCAUGCCUCUUCUAUUGAAGUGUCGAUCUCCUCUCAAUAAGAGUGUGAUCCAUUAUAAAGCAUCUACUUUAGACUCUCAUAUUAGGAGGUUACCAAGAAUGCUGAUGGGUUCCAUUCCCUUGCAUUUGAUUGCCCCCUCAUCUUCAUUUUUCUCAGUUUAUGUAUUCCUAGUGUUUGGAGCUGACAUAUUGGCGGGGAGGAGCACAGUUCAAAAAGACUGUUAGAAGGAACAAAAUUGUUGGAAGCCUGCCUCGUUAAACUGCAAGCGACAAUGUGGAUUAUGAUUAUUAGUCAUGGUUCAAAGUUGAAAUGAUAGAGAUACCAUAACGGCAUGUUGUAAAUUGUAAUCCUCCACUUCAGACAGGCUUGAAGAUCUUCAAGAGGCUUACAACUAACACAGUCUCCUCUAUCGAGAACUUUUUCAUGCAUAGAGUUGUUUUGGGUUCAUAGAAUGUGCUUGUGCUUGUGGUGCUAAGAGUUUAAUUUCCAGAUUAGUUCUGAUCUUGCAUGGCAAUGACUUUGUGGAAAUUGGCUUUGUCCCAGCUAACAAGCGGAGCAGCCUAUAGAAGCGGCAUAGGAUUCUCACCGAGCUUCGGUACUUAGCCUUGACAGUUCCAGACUUUUCUGUCACUAAUGAGUUAGCCUGUUUUUGGGAAACUAGUUGUUGCAUCAAUAAUAUUCCCCUUGAUUAUUUUGUUAACCCUGGAAACAAAUUUUGAUUGAGAAGUAUAAUUUCUUUGUCAGCUUUGAAUGUUUUGUUCAUAUUUAACCAUUUCCAGGCAGGAAUAAAGCAGUUACCUCUCUCGUGUAUUCAAUUUC